CGUGCAUGUGUUUCCAUUUAAGAGUAACGUGAAUUAUAAAUUUCAUUUUCAUUUAUUGGAUAACUCAAUUUUUUCUUGAAAAACAAGGUUUUGAGUAUAUUUUAUCAGAGGAGUGCAGCGAAUUAACACAUAUUUGACAUGAGCUUACAAGUGGAUAGUACUGCCCUACUACACAAUGUGCCAGACUCAGAUAAUCGAAAUACGGAUGCUGGCGGGGGAAAUGCUGAGGAUUUGCAAGAAAUACAAAAAAACCGUGCUCUUCUGCGUGAGCGUUAUCUCCGUGCAUUGUUUGCUGUAGCCAACAAACCUUGCUCUUUACGGAUGUACGAAAAAACAGAAAUCAACGCCACCCUACGUUCAUCGGAUAUCGAGACGACGACCUUUCAAGUUUCAAAUUUAGAGACGCCAAUGGGAGUAUAUCCUGAAGCAUUAAUACGAGCUUCGGAUAUCCUCACAAUUACUGUAUCAUUAAAUUGUGAAGAACAAAUCAGCACUGUUUAUUGAAUCUUACUCUAUUGCACAUUUAUGUAAAUAACCUUAUUCACUGUUAUAGUUUUCUUUGUAUGUCACAUCAAUGAAAUAAUUUAGAAAUAUUUUAUUGUAGAACAACAAGUACAUACAACACGAAAUCGAUACUCUAA